AUGUUUAAAAGUGAAUUUUAGUGCAAUUUGAAAGACUAUCCUUAACAGAACUACUCAGAAUUCAUCAAAGGAAUCAUUGAUUCUGAUUAAACCUUAGAAAAUAUUUUUAAUGGUGAUUAAGGAUAAUUUGAAGAAUUUAAGAUUUAUUUGAAAAGCAAGAUUUUCAAUGAUCCAAAUGAAAUACAAUAGCAUCUUACCAAUAUAUAUAAUUAAUGGAACACUUAAUCUAAAGUUGUAAUUAAAAGGAUAGAAAUUUUCAGACUUAUAAUGCUAAUGUACUUAGGAUUAUUAGAGAGGAAUUUCUCUCAAGGCGGAUUUUAUAUUAUUGAUAUGAGUUCAAUAAAAUAUACGAAUAAUUACAUUUCUAAAUAGAAAUUGAAAUGUUUUUAGAACUAUAUCAAGACAUUUUACUUAAAUUCUGAUGCCAUUUAAAAUGAUCAAUUAAUAUUUACUAAAAAUACUGUUAACAAAGAAGAGUUCAAAAAGAAGUUUGAAUAAUCAAUUUAUUAGAACAUUGAUUUUGAAUUCACUUAAUUGAAAAAUGAAGAUCACCAAAAUUCUACUGUUGUAGACUUUGCUGAUUAAAAUAUAGGAGGACUAGUUCUUGAUACUAGAAAUUGUGCAUAAGAAGAAGUAAAAUUAAAUAUUAAACCAAGAUUGUUAUGCUAAUAUUCCCUGAAGCAACAGUAUCUAUGAUUUUUAUUCCACAAAUGAAUGAAACUGAAGCAGUAUUAAUUGAAAAUUUGAAAAAAUACAGCAAUUAUACUGGAUAUGAACAAUCAUUUAAUUGCUAACCUUCUAUGACUCUUUAGGGAAAUUAUAAUAUGCUAGUAUAUUUUACACAAUAUUAUUUAGGCUAUUGAUGCAAAACCAUUUUAUAGUGAAAAUUAAUUUACAGAAAAAAAUAUUGAAAGAGAAUUAAUAAAAUGUUAUGCAGGGUUUGAAAUAUCAUUAAGAAACUAGCCCAAUUGUUAUAUAUCUACAGGAAGAUGGGGUUGCGGAAUUUUUAGAGGCAAUCCUUACUUAAAGACAUUGAUUUAAUUUUUAAGUUUUGCUAUUGCAGUUAAUUAAGUAAGUCAAUAACAAUCGAAAAUAAUUAUCAAUUGCGUAAAUGACUAGUCUUUAUUUAAUUUUGGAGUUUAGUUAAAGAAAUUAUUAGGUCAAAAAGGAGUAUAGCUUAAUUUAAUAAAUCUCAAGAAAUCAAUAUUGUAUAUGCAAAAUGGAAUAAAUGAAUAAGCAUUUUAUAUUGAAGGAAAUAAUAUUAUAAGCUAGAUAUACACAAUUUUGACUCAGGAUAUUUAAUAAAUAUAAAAAUUAAGAUUAGAAAAUGAUGAUGAUGUAAUUUAAGCUUAAAUUGAUUAAGAAAUUAAAUAAGUACUUGUAAAUGCUCCAAUUAUUGAAGAAAAUAAAGAAAUUAAGAUGUUAAAUAAUUAAGAAAAAAAAAAUAGAAAUUAUUAGGUAAUAGGGGUAGCCAUUAUUUUUGCUAUUGCCGUUGGAGUCUUUACUUACAAAAAGGUUUUUAAAUGA